AUGGGCUCUAUUGUGAAUCCUCUUGUGGCCGGUCCGGCGUUGGACUUGACGGUUCUGGGUAUGAACAGCGGAACGUCCAUGGAUGGCGUUGACUGCGUUCUAUGUCGGUUUAGACAGCAGGAUCCAGCUUCGCCAGUCAGCUUGGAGCUGCUGAAAUAUGGAGAGACGCCCCUCAACCCUGACGUUAAGAAGCGGGUGAUGAACAUGAUACUUCACAACUCGACUUCCCCUGAGGAAAUCGCAGAGAUCAAUGUCAUUCUCGGAGAGACUUUUGCCAAAGCGGCGCUGGACUUUAUCAGGACGAACAACAUCGAUCAGUCUUCAAUAGACAUUAUCGGAUCCCAUGGCCAGACUAUCUGGCAUAUCCCUCAUCCAAAGAACCAAGUCCGGACGACUCUCAGCAUGGGCGAGGGGGCCAUCAUCGCAGCUCGUACAGGAAUCACCACGGUGACGGACUUUCGCGUCAGCGAAGUUGCCGUUGGCCGACAGGGAGCUCCCCUUGUUGCGUUUUUUGAUGCCUUGCUUUUGCAUCAUCCUACCAAGUUGAGGGCAUGUCAGAAUAUCGGAGGUAUCGCCAACGUAUGCUUCAUUCCUCCUGAUGUUGAGGGAGGACUGAGUGAUGGCUUCUUUGACUUUGAUACUGGUCCUGGGAACGUCUACAUCGAUGCCGCUGUUCGGUACUACACUGACGGAGCCCGCGAGUACGACAAGGAUGGCGAGAUGGGCAGACGCGGCACGGUGGACGAUGAGCUUGUCGACGACUUCAUCGCCUCUCACCCGUACUUCCACAGGCCCAUUCCCAAGACUACAGGUCGCGAGGAUUUCCGCGAUACACUGGCCUUUGAACUGAUAGCCAAGGCGGAGAAGAAGGGCCUCUCGCCAGACGACGUGGUAGCAACACUCACCCGAAUCACAGCCCAGUCCAUCGUCGACCACUACAAGUGCUUCGCGCCGUCGCAGGGCAUUGACGAGAUCUUCCUCUGCGGCGGCGGCGCGCACAACCCCAACAUUGUCGACUUUAUCCAGCAGAGCUACCCGUCGACGCGGAUAUACAUGCUUGACGCCGCAGGGAUUCCGGCCGGGGCCAAGGAGGCGAUUACGUUUGCGUGGCAGGGCAUGGAUGCGAUUGUUGGCCGGCCGGUGCCUGUGCCGGACCGGGUGGAGACGAGGAGGGAGCAGAUUCUGGGAAAGGUGUCCCCUGGGGAGAAUUACCGGGAGUUGAUGUAUACGGCGAUGCGGUUUGGGGCGGGGGCCAAGUUGGGGCCCGUGAGGGAGCUGGUCAACAUUGUGAAUGGGGAGGUGAUGGACAAUAAGUGGUGA